AAAUGUGCCUCAGACACUGCUGACCUCAGACCUUGCAGAGACCUGCUUUACCAGAGCUGUGAUGGCCAGUCACCAAGCAGAAGUUCAGAGUCUGAAGCUAGAUAAUGAUUCAGUUAUAGAAGGAAUAAGUGACCAGGUACUGGUGGCAGUUGUGCUCAGUUUCACUUUCAUUGCUGCUCUGGUAUAUACACUUUUAAGAAAUGAACAUCAGAACAUACACCCAGAAAAUCAAGAGCUAGUGCGAGCUCUUCGUCAGCAGCUUCAAACUGAGCAGGAUGCUUCUGCUGGUGAUAGACAUCGCUUCUAUACAGAUAUGUCUUGUCCAGUCUGUUUGCAACAGGCUACAUUUCCUGUAGAAACAAACUGUGGACACCUCUUCUGUGGUUCCUGCAUUGUUGCCUACUGGAGGUAUGGCUCAUGGCUUGGUGCCAUCCGUUGUCCAAUCUGCAGACAAACGGUAACAUUGUUUUUACCACUCUUUGGUGAAGACCAGCAGGAUGCAACCCAAGUAUUUCAAGAUAUUAAUGAUUACAAUCGGAGAUUCUCAGGACAGCCCAGAUCUAUUAUGGAAAGAAUUAUGGAUCUGCCUACUUUAUUGCGGCAUGCUUUCAGGGAGAUGUUUUCUGUUGGGGGCCUCUUCUGGAUGUUUCGCAUCAGAAUAUUCCUCUGCUUGCUUGGAGCCUUGCUCUACCUGGCUUCACCUCUGGAUUUUCUUCCCGAAGCCCUCUUUGGAAUUCUGGGGUUCUUGGAUGAUUUCUUUGUCAUUUUUCUUCUGCUGAUAUAUAUCUCUAUCAUGUACCGAGAAGUGGUAACACAGCGGCUGAAUAGAUGAAAUGGAUGAAAAGGACCCAAAUGCAGAGGUGGUUGUGGAAUGUUUUAAAAAGAGAACUAUAACAUAAGUAUGAUAUAGCAAGGCACCUGUGUACAGUUUCGGUAGUUACCAACUUCAUAGCUGGUCGUCUUAUACAAAUAUGAAGGGUUAGUAUGUGGUGAUGCUUCACUGGAAUCUUUAAUUUGUGUAUUACAUAUGCUUCAUAAGGAUAAGGCUAGUUUUAUAAUGUAAUAAACUACCUUCAUCUACUUCCACCUGAUGAACAACUGUAUGUAAUCAAAGCAGAAAACACCUUUUUUGGUGUGUGGUUUGUGAAAAAGGAGUUCUAGUAAAGGACUUGUAACAAAAAAUCCGUUUGGGUAAUCUAGACAUGUAUAAGGAAAUUCAGAAAUUCUUCACAGUACAGUUAUAAUGGCUAAAUUGUUUAAUGUCUCCCUAUUGUGGGCUAGAGUUUUUUAAAAUAAAAGUAGCUUUGUGUGUCUCUGUGGAAGAAGAAGCCCAAGGACCACAUUACAAUUAUCACCCUGCAGUUUGCUGUUGUCCACAUGCUUCACAAAAACAAGAACACUUCAGUAUUGGUUGAACUGCACUAUGUACGGUUGCAUGCAAUUCGUACAAUUUUAUUUUUAUAUUUGGGAAUAUACACACAGUAUCUGAUCUAGAUAGAGAAAGCAAUAUUAUGCACGCCAGACUGGUUAGUGCUCUAUUUUUAAACAGGAGCAUGGUUUUUCUCGUCAGGCUUGUUUGUUUGGUAGGUAUGUGUCUUGGAAGUGGGGGUUUUAUGCUGCUUUGAGUCAAUGCAAUGUAUCUGAACUGAGAGUUUGCAUUCCUUCAGUUGCAUUAAAGCAUUUAGCCGAUGGAGAGAACCCUCAAAUUUUAGAUAAUGUUGAAGAAAAGAAGUCAGAACCGGAUGUUUACGCUACAGACCUUUACCUGAAGGUACAUUCUGCAAUACAAGUAUUAAACAACUUAGAUAUUGGGGUGUUUGAUUUUCAGCUGGGGUUUUCUUUCUUCAACUUUGGUUGGUUGAUUUGUAUGUGGGUAGAGGGGGUUCUGAAUUACCUUGAAAAAGAUCUGUGAUAAGGGACCACAAAAAAAUAAUGGAAAUGUUUUCAAAAAUACCAGGGUAUUAAUUAUCCUUCAAGUUGAUUUUUUUUUUAAUGUUGAAUUUGAAUAUAAGCUGUCAUAGCUACAAAAGUCAUUUGAAAAUAUUUUCAUUUUAAGAAAUGAAUGUCUCCAGAAAGGCCAAGGAUAUUCUAGAUCUAUGUACUUUUUGGCUUGAGGAAUGAUAAUUGCCAUUUCAUUUUAGCUUCCUGAGUACUUGAAAGACAGUGAUUAGACAGGUGAUUCUUUGCAUGUUUACAUAUAUGGGAUGAGACUUACAGUGAAAGGGACCUUUUCACAACUUCUGUGUUUUGCCCAUGCAGACGUCUUUCGACAGCUUCUAGCACCUAGGCAUGUGCAGGAAGAUGGUAGAGCUGGCACCUGACGUGUCAGUCUUUGGGGUUGGAGAUUGUCCUUCAGUGUCAGUGUUUUACAUGACAUUAAUUUAAAAGUAAAUUCACUGAUUCUUCAUUUGAAAUGAAAAGCCAAAGAGAUUUUACAAAUGAACUGGAAAGCUAAAUUUUUCCUUGUUGCUGUUUGCUAGAGAUGGGAAAGAGGAGAAACAGGAAGUGAAACAAGGGUGGGAGGAGGAGGGCAAGACAGAAAAUGACAUUUUUGGAAGCAAGUGCGAUUGUUUCUGGCAAACUAACUGUUCUUGAGCAUCUUAGUUGAGCUUUUCCCUUUGAGUUGGCAUCGCUAAUGUAUGGUGAUGGUUUAGUGGCUACCUCAGUUAAAAGUCAUUAAGGUAUUACUGAGUAAGCGUGGGAUAUUCAUAAACUGAUAGGUACAUUUACAAAGCAAGAUAGUAGUUUAGCAUCUUAGGUAAGACAGGAUUUUGCAGUUUUGCUGUAAGCAUUGUUUUGGUUU